AGGUAUAUAAAAACUGAACAAGGCUGAGCGCGCGAUUCUGUUGUUGCACGACAUUGUACCUCACUAGAAUCCUUACCACACCCUCGAUUUAGGGUACACCGCAUUGCUAUUAGUACUACUCAGCCCUGUGCUUCACAACUCGCACGGUAGUCAGUAAUCACAGUGAAACACGAGACAUCCUUCAACUUUAAAGCGACGCCAAUAGUUUUUCUCGACUACGCCAGAAUUUAGUUAUCUACUUUCUUAUUCUACAAGUUUCAUCACUUUCAAGCCGCCACGUGGUUUCAGCUGCCAUGUCGUCGAUAAACUCUAGGGGUAAAGGUGCUGGCUAUCGUUAUUCUGCAUGUGAAGAAUCGUACGACUCGACUGGCAGUGAAUCUGAAAACGAUUCUGGUUGCUCUCAUUUUUACCGGCAAACAGCCAAAGUACGGUUCACUCGAACAACGUCUAAGAUUCAACAUCACUUGCAAACGAAGGCAGCUUCUGAUGAAGGAAAGCAAGAGUUGUUUGGCUGUCUCCGGCGAUCGAGCAGCACCAGCCAAAUGUCUCAGUACUUGGAAAGCAGUCAUGCUGUCAAGGGCGAAAGAGGAAGUUUAGGUAAUAGACGUAGUCCAGAGUCCGAAAAAAGGUACCAAGAACUAGAGAAAACUCGCCGAGAAAUUCAGCGGAUGGAUCACUUCCAACAGCUGGAGCAGCAGAAGCGUGAAGAACGAAGUAAGACUAAUUCCACGCUGUCUUCAUCAGCGCCCCUUCCUUCCCCACCCCUCUGCCAGCCGUGUUUGCUUCCAGAUUCCUGGAUCACUCAGUUGCCUUCAUUAGCUGAAUCGUCACUGGAUGAACGGGUGUUGCCAUCGUCCCCGUCUUCCAGUAAUUCAUUCUGUUGUUGGGACUGGUGUGUUAGCGAUCAAUCUUCGUGGCCGCCUCACGUUGACUUGGAGCCGUUUACCGGCAACCCAAUGGACUGGCCUUUCUUCAUACAACGCUUCAAGACAUGGAUUCACGACGCUAUGCCCAAUGAUACGCUACGGAUGAUCUACUUGGAAGAACUUCUUUCACCUGAGCUCCGCCAAAAAUGUGUGUCGCAUUUUAUCCAUCCUGGCCGCUACCGGAAGCUGCUCGCUCAUCUCAGAAACCACUAUGGACACCCUUUAUUAGUGGUUCGCUCGUGCUUUGAAGGGCUUAGGCAAUUGGCUCCAAUGGACUCGGCCAAUCUCAAAUCUUCACUUAGCGACUUAUCAGAAAGGGUACAGCACAUUUUGGCAAUUUUGAAGGUGGUGGGUUGCGAGGAAGAAGUUCGCAGUUUCGCUGCUCUUGAACUCUCCGGUUUAGUGAACAAGUUAUCUGAAGAUUUGCGGGAAGUAUGGGCUCUCCACAUCAAAGAAAAAUCAUCUGUGGUGCCGUUGCCGCACUUAGGGGAAUUCGCCACUUGGCUAGAAAGAUAUGCCGAAUCUACAAGGAGGAGAUGAUACCGAUAGUUCAAUCAUCGGCAGUUCACCAACGACAAAAACGCUGGGUCAUGCAUGGCUUGACAGUUGACACCUUAUGGAAAAGAUGAUGCCAUGUCCUUGUAAAUUGAUCUAAACGGUACAGAUAAAACAGUAAACAAAUACUGUGAUAGCUGAUAAUACAUUGUUUAUUUGACAGA